CUCGAACGAGAUUACCCGCGUCUUGAGUUACAGGCGCCACAUCCGUAUGUGUACCGGUACGUCUGCACACACUGCCUCGUUUGCAGCGGGGAAAAAACCACCGCCUUGUUUUUCCUACCACCAGGCACAAUGGUAAUGGGAUCCAUUUGACAUCCAGGAUUGAUAUGGAAGAAGUGCGUCCGUAUCGUCGCUGACGGAUCAUGCUGCGACAAAGACGAAGCGGAAAGCAGGCAGUGUUUAUCUGCAAUCUCAAGCAGAAUCUAACGGAGCGGCGCUCAGGUCUGCCGUGUAAUUAACCCAGCCGUGCUCAUUGUUGCUUUGAAUGUAUGUCAGUGGCAUGAUCUAGAGUGGCACCGAGCACUCGGUGGUGAUGCGUGGCGACGGGUGGUUUGGAGUCCAGAGACAGUGGGGCUUGGAUUGAAUGGUGGCUUUCCAAACUUCAAGUUGGUUCAGAGGGAGUGACCACUCAUCAUUCCACUCACUGGUGCAUUUAAUCUGACCCAGUUCUCUGCCGUCAGUUUACGGGUAUCCAGUAAUUACUGUAAAACUCGAUGUGCUCAGUUUUCCAACAGGGACAUUGCCUGUCAGAUGAAGUAAUAGUGAUUUGUCAUCUUUACGCCACAUUUAAGAUAUCUUCCUUGUGCAUCCGUGUUCAGCACCAUACGCCGGAGACAGCAUUUUAUGUGACUUUGAUGCAGCUCUCUGGGAUUUUUCUUCUCAUCAAAGUGGGAUUAUCUCGCAGUAGACGCUUGCAUUCAUAAAUAUUGCACUUUAAGCUGCAACUGUUGUCGCAGUAUUUCCCAAAUGCUGAGGAGAGUCAAGAGUUGGAUUUGAAUUUCAAGUGGUUACCACUUUCUUGAAUGAUUCAACAGUACAGGCAUGACAGGUGCCGCAUGCACCUCAGAACUGUACUUAUGUAUGUACACACUGUACACCCUACCUGCAAGUUCUAUGGAGGCGACUGUCGACUUAACCAGCAAGAAUUUAUUUGUCACGCUUGACGGCUGUUAAAAGAGGAACUUACAUAACCAGCUAACUGGCCUUGUUGCCAGCAGAAAACUUGCUCUCCGUUCACGUUCACAGUUUACGUCAGUAGGCCAGCAUUUUUUUCCAACCGGCUCUGUUUCACUGCCUGCUUUGUUAAUCGGCUGUCUCUUGGAGGGCUUGCAGGAGUGCUGGAUUGUUCAUCGGUCGGGAGGUCGCACGAUGCAGCGGCUGAAAAUUGAGGGGAUACCCCGGGGCCGGUCCAAAAGCCAUGCAGGCCAGGGAACAGACCAAGAUCAUGGGGAGAUAUUUGAGAAGGACUCCCUCCGGCCGUCAUCCAAGUUCCAGGCUCCCAGGAGUAGGUCUGAAGGGAAACUCAACACGAGCGGCGAUGGCUACGGGUCCUCGGGCACCACGCCCAGCAAGCUGUCCAAGCGGGAGUCGCUCAAGGCUCAGAAGAAGAACUACCGACGGGAGAAGAAGAGGGUCACCAAGGAGCUGCUUAGCGCCCUCAAGGAUCCAUCCAUCAUCGUAAUGGCUGACCACCUGAAGGUAAGGGGAACCUUGAAGGGCUGGACUAAAUUGUGGUGUGUCCUGAAGCCCGGUUUGCUCAUCAUCUACAAGAGUCCCAAGCAUGGGCAGUGGGUGGGCACGAUUCUCUUGAACAAUUGCGAGCUGAUUGAGAGACCUUCUCGAAAGGAUGGCUUCUGCUUCAAAAUCUAUCAUCCGCUGGACCAGUCCAUUUGGGCAACCAGGGGGCCGAAAGGCGAGACGAUGGGCUCCAUAACCCAGCCCUUGCCCAGCCAGUACCUGAUCUUCCGGGCCCCCUCGGAGGCAGCCGGCAAGUGCUGGAUGGAUGCCUUGGAGCUGGCGCUACGCUGCUCAAGCCUGCUGAUGCGCUCCAUGCGGGACGGCACCGCCCUGGACCCAGCGACCAUCAGCCAGUCCUUCAGCAAGGAGAAGGGGCUGAACGAGAGCGAGAUUGAGAACACCCACUUCAAACACGAAGGCCUGGACGAUGAGUCUCCGGACAACGAAAGUGACAAGGACCAGGAAAGCAAGAGCGAGUCAGACAUGUCUGAACCCGAGGACAUCACUUCAAUCGACGGAACCAUCCCGGCGCACAACGAGACUACGUACGUCGUCAACAAAGUUGAAGAACUUGGACAGGAGUGUUCUCAAACAGAGACCUUAGAGGAGGAGAACAAAGGCCUGAUCUGGUCGCUGGUCAAGCAGGUACGGCCGGGGAUGGACCUGUCCAAGGUCGUCCUCCCAACCUUCAUCCUGGAGCCCAGGUCCUUCCUGGACAAGCUGUCCGACUUCUAUUACCACGCCGACCUCCUCUCUCAAGCUAUUCUGGAGGACGAUCCUCUCUCUCGGAUGAAGCAGACGGCCCGAUGGUAUCUCUCUGGCUUCUAUAAGAAACCUAAGGGUUUGAAGAAGCCUUACAACCCGAUCAUUGGGGAGAUCUUCCGAUGUCUCUGGACGCACCCCAAGACCAAGAGUCGAACAUUCUACAUCGCCGAACAGGUAUCCCAUCAUCCCCCGGUGUCGGCCUUUUACAUCACCAACCGCAAGGACGGGUUCUGCAUCAGCGGCAGCAUCCUUGCCAAGUCCAAGUUCUAUGGCAACUCGGUGACGGCGGCCAUGGACGGACUGGCCACCCUGUCCUUUCUGACCAGAGGGGAAGACUACCACAUCACCAUGCCCUACGCCAACUGCAAAGGGAUUCUGUAUGGUACCCUGACCAUGGAGUACGGGGGAAAGGUGGUCAUUGAAUGUGAUAAGACUGGGUACAAGACUGAGUUCGAGUUCAAAUUGAAGCCAUUCCUCGGGGGCAGCGAUUCAUCCAAUCAGGUUGUGGGUAAGAUAAAGUUCGGGAAAGAGACCCUGGCAAGCCUGGAGGGCCAUUGGGAUGAUAAGGUUUACAUUAAAGACAAAAGGACUGGGAACAUGGAGCUGUUUUGGGUGGUGUCUCCAGAUGUCAGAGCUGCACGGCUUCAUCGUUCCACGGUGACCAUGGAGGAGCAGGCCGAGAACGAGUCUGAGAGGCUGUGGUCGAGGGUGACGGAGGCUCUGGGCAAGAGCGAGAUCCAGGAGGCCACCAACGAGAAGUUUGUCCUGGAGGAUGAGCAGCGAAAGGGCCACAAGGAGAGGAAGAUGAAGAUGGUGGAGUGGGAGCCGCACUUGUUUGAGAGGGACGAGAUCACCCGAGACUGGGUUUACAAACACAUGGACAACCGUCCCUGGGACCCUCUGAACGACAUCGAACAGUUUGAACACAAAGGCAUCAUCCAGACGCGGACCCGCCACAAGACCUCCAUCCUGCGCACCACCAGCAUCAUCAGCUUGCCCCACAAGAACGGGCCACACGAGCAGCGGCUCAAGCGCAAUGCCUCCCUGCAGCACAAGAAGCGGCAGGCCGGCAGCCGGGUUGCCGCCAGUGCUGUGGCCGCGGGUCGGCCGCGUGGGGCCAGCGGCAGCGCAGACAGCGAGGGCUCCACACCGCCAGAGAAGGACUCGGAGGAAGAGCUGUCAGAGGCUGAACUCACUGCUGAAAAAGUGGAAGCGGCCAGUACUAGCCUGCAAGGCACCGUCAUCAUGGAGCAGGCCAUCCAGCCCAUGGUCGAGGGACAGAGGCGAAUCGAGGAGCAACUCAAGGCGAUCAACAGCCGGCUGGCAGUCAUGAUCCGGCAGACCCGGCGCGAGGAGGAAGAGAGCGCCCCCAUCAGUCGGGAGCUGAUCAUCAUCGCAGCAGUACUCCUCGUCGGGCAACUUAUCAUCGCCUUCCUCUUCCGGUCGUGACCCCUUGACCUGUGACCUGGGCUUUUGACCUGGACACAGGAAGUGAGAUUGACCUCUGAUGCUGGAGGUUACCAUGUCCUUCAACACAGGAUGUGGCUGCGGGUGACCUUUAGUAUGGAAAGUGAUGCUGACCUGUGACUAAAUGAGUGACAUUUGACAUGUUGGAUGACCUUUGACACACAAAGAGUGAGUGCGUAACCUGAACAGAAAUCAUGAGAUUGAUUGUUUCACACAGGAAGAUAAAACAUGACCAUUUGCUUGUGUGAUAGAAAGUAUUGAAGUAUAGUUUACAAGUAGUGAAUGCUUAUGAGUGCAAUGGUAAGAACACAUUCAUGGGGUGAUAAAUGGAAUGUUCCAUUUCACAAAGCAAAGCUGAGUGAAAUGGAACAUUCCAUCGGUCAACUACCUGUUACCCCCUAAACCACUCCAGUGGAAUCGGUUGUAAUGUAUUGUGCUAAUGGGCUAAAGAUAAGUAGUUUAUAGACAGGAAAUCAACAGAAUUUGAAAGGUUGACACAAAAAUGGAAAAACAAUGUCUCCACAGUAUUAGUUGUAAACGACGGACACUAUUGUGUCAUCGGAGCUACCGUGCAGAGAAAUUUACGAAGAGAAACUUUACUCAGCAGAAAUGAACCAGUAACCAACCACAAUCACUUUGCAGUUCAUGGAAGUUUGGCUGGUAGCCUUGUUUGUGCUUAACACGUUUCAGUGCUCAGCAUCUGUGGUUGGCACAUUGGUUUUCCGGAAUGUUCUUCGUCAGUUUACGAAGUUAAUCACAAAGUUGGCCGAGUGGUCACAGGACAACCUUACGUCACAAGUGGCUGGCAGCCAUUAGUGCAAAGGACUGAAAUUGUAACAGAUUUUCUUCUGUUCAUAGGUUUCCAAGAGGCUGUUUUGCGCAAGUCAGUACAAUCAGACUUACCAGUGAGGCUUGACGAGAUUCAUCCCAGGAGAUGGUUCUCAUUUUGUUGAUAUGACCUGUGGGCCAGCUUGUAAAAUUUUGCGAGUUGUUUCCUGUCGUGGUCACAUUUCAAGUUGUUUUUUCCUGUUAUACGGUACGUGUAACUGAUAAAUUUGAAACAGGUGUAUGUGUAAAACGAAGCAUUCUUGAGACCUGGAUUACAAUUGAUGUAUCGAUGCUGCUCUUGUUCAGAUUUUGUUUCGUUCUGUUGUUUUUCCGACAAGGAAUAAAGCGUAGGACAUUCUGUACCUGGAUAUCUUUGUAAAGACCAAUGCCUUAAUGAACUCUGCCUUGUGACCCAUAACCUCCGACCCGGUGACCCCUUAAGUGUUGUACAUAAUGAAGUUCAUGGGGUCAGAGUGUAUUUUACUGAUGGUUGUUGCAGCUGGUAAAUUGCCCUCAUUAACGUGAUAUUCGCGAGUUGGGAAAAGUACUCUGGAAUUUGUACAUUUUAAUUUAUUACUACCACAGUCUUUUUGCGUGGUGACGUGGAGUUCUUCAAAUCAGACCAAUUUUUAUGACACAUUUUUUUUUUCAAAAGAUGAUUCCUGUGACCUUCAACCUUUGACCCCGACCUGUUCCCACCACCUGUGUAAUUGUGUGGAUGUAUUGUCACAGCGAUGUACUCCUUGAAUUCAGUUAAGUGGCACUUGUAGUUAUGUUCAUGUCAGACGUGUCAUCGUGAAGUGGCCACUUUUUUGCCUUUAGCUGGUACCCAUCACUGAAUUACAUGCAUGAGUACCAGUGUGUUAGGAUUUGAAGCAUUCUGUGUUCGUCACAGAGACCCAGAUCCAAGUUCAGUUCAGUUUAUGGUCUUGACCAAACUUCAGAGAUAUCAGUCUUGUGAGGUCCUUUUUGAGCCUCAGUCGGAUUCCCUUGCUGGACAAGUAUUUUUACAGUGACCGCUCUCCCCUUCCCUUUAUCUAAACUUCACUCAAGCCUCACUCUGAGUUUGAGAGCUACAAUUCUGGUCCUGUUUCGGAGCCUCAUGGAGCCAUAAUGUGAACCUCACAGAUUGACAUGUUAUGCCUCCGAGGACUUUGUUCCGAGCCUCAUCCACAGGUUCUACCAUUCUGAGCUCGGCAUAGCCCCCCUCUGUGCCCUAUUCGUUUCCUCUAUAGAUCUUCACUGUUUGAAUUUGAAAGCAAUGUUGUCCUUAAACUCGGAGUUUUGCGAGUUGAAAAUUAAAGUGGUUACUUUUAAUAAAUGUUUGCCUUUUGUACAUCUCUACAAAGUGUUACAUGGUUUGUCUUAAUUUGUCGAUAUGUAAGUAAAAAAAAUAAAUGUACUAUAAUAAGAUAAUUUAUCUGUGAAUUAAUAUGUUCACAAAUACUACAGACGAACAAAAACAGUAACAUUAUUUUAUUGUGCUUAAAAUGUAAAUUGUACAUUAUCUGACAAAAACAGUUAAUGUGAUCGGUGGAAAAUGAAGAGUUUGAGGGGCCAGUUAAUUAUUAUGUUUUGUUUGUCUUCCAAGUCAUCGAAGGUAUUUCAGUGAACGAGAAACCGUAUUUCAAACACGUCGACCCAUUAAAAUGAAAAUUGAUCCACUUGGCAAGUGAUUUGCAUUUUUACAAAAAUGUGUAGUAGGGCUUUUCUUUAUGCACCAAAGAGGGCAUGAUGGGUAGACAUCGCGUUAGCAAGAUACCAUGUUUUUUAUUUCUCCAAAAUAUAAAAAUUAAUUUCUUUGUAUUCAUGUGAGCUUCCUUUCAGACUCACAUGCUGUGCACUGUUUAAAGUAAAGUCAGAUGGAGCAUUGCCAAGAUAAAUUGUAGUGAAAUCCCCAAACCAGGUGUGACCUAACCACAAAUAAGGUCACAGGUGUCGAUAAACUGUAGUGGUCCUAAAUCCUUCAAUUUUAAUAUAAUUACUUAGGUUCACACUUAAGCUUGUUGUAGUUUACUUCCUUACCAAAGGAUUAAAUGGAAUGUGUUUGUUACACCCCAUCUUGAAAAGCUAAUGAUUUUUUAAACACGAUCCGUUGUAAACAUUCCUACAAGUAGGUUACGUUCUGCAUUUUGUAACUUUCAACUGCUCCGACACGUGUCGAAUAGCUCGUUAUAUUAAGAUGCAAUCUUCGUUAAGCCUCAGUUUUCUUCUCGAACUUUUUCACUCCUUUAUUUACAUGAUUAUUAAUUAAGCAUUGGAAAUCCCAUAGUGAUUUCUUUCGUUGUCCAUGGGCCAUUGAUGUAGCUUUUCAGUCUGAUAAUUUUAGGAUCACGGGGCUUUUGACUUUGCAAUUUUAUAUUUUGUCUAAUUUCGAAAGAAUUUCGGAGGUGAAAUUUUCGUAUUUUUUUCCACAAAAUAAAUUUGUUUCUGAGUAUUUGUACGUAGAUUUGAUCCGAGAAAAAUGGUAGGUGAGACCACGGUUCAUUUCCGACGAGUCAAUACAAUUCCGAGCCUUUUUUUUUAUUGCAGUGUCUAACUUCAUUUUAUGAUUCGGACAAACCUUCGGUUUCUUUGCUUGAAUGGAAUGCAGGAGUCUUUGUUAAAAGAGUUUCAUUUUAUUGGUGGGUGUGCGUGAGUAUAUCCAGCAAGAAAUGAGACCAAGAGGUACCCCCAACAUGUCCAA